UGGAGAGACCUGAGAAGAUUGUCGGUGGCUUAACCCCGACAACUGAACCAAAUCAGAAAGAUGCGCAUUAGCCAGGAGGAGUUAUAUAUGCCCGUUUUUCCCCCCGGCUGUUACAUGCUUUUUGUGUGGCCUUUAUCCCACAAAAAUAAGCUCCUUACGCGCCGUGAUACCCUGAUCAGAAGACAACACAUGCAUGAGGAUUCUUGCUUGUUGUGUUGUGAGAAAGAGACCUGCCAACCAAUAUCAAUUCUCUUGCUGUCAUGUGGUACAACUUACAAGUGGCGUGGAAAGAAAUUUUCAAUGUGCUUCAGCCUUCAAUGCUCUGAAUUUGUUAAUUUUGAAUCUAUGACUAGAGUUUGGCUCAGCAAUGCCAAUAAUGCUGCUUUGAAUGCGAUUACUGCUGGUGAUGUGGCGGCGACCGUCGGGGUAACUCAAACGCAGGAGACCGUCGUGUCCCAAACUGAACUCGCAGACCCUGGAAAAAGUGCCUGCUCCCUUAUGGAGGAAGCAAAGAUGGUGGAAGCUCCCCAGCUCAGCUGGCAACGAAGAAAUGAAGGACCACACUUCUGCUGGGGCCGAUCACCACCGUGGCAACACGCGGUGCUGUUAUGCUCAGAUUUACCUCUGCCUUUGGCUGUUGGGUUUGUUGUUUCUGCCUAUGCAUGUGGCUGGUUUUAUUUUGAUGGAUGGAGUACACCACUUCCGCUACCUAUGCUGAAGCUGAUUUUUUCAGAUGGUGGGGCAGCUGAUUCUGCGAGUCAGGUGACUCCAUUCGCUAAAGCUGGGUUUUUCAGCAAGAUCUCAUUUUGGUGGUUGAAUCCUCUAAUGAAGAUGGGCUACAAGAAACCCCUUCAGGACAAAGACAUGCCACUUCUAGGCACCACAGAUCGAGCACGCAACCAGUACAUGAUGUUCAUGGAGAAGCUGAAUGGCAAGAAGCAGUCGCCGUCACAUGACACACCAUCAUUCUUCUGGACUAUUGUUUCUUCUCACAAGCGUGCCAUCUUGGUCUCUGGUUUCUUUGCUUUGCUCAAGGUUCUCACGUUAUCGACAGGCCCAAUAAUUCUCAAGGCAUUCAUCAAUGUCUCACUUGGGAAAGGGACCUUUAAACACGAAGGCUAUGUGCUCGCUGCGUUAAUGUUCGUCUGCAAAUGCUGUGAAUCAUUGUCACAGAGACAGUGGUAUUUCCGCACUCGGAGAUUAGGACUGCAGGUGAGGUCACUCCUAUCGGCAGCUAUUUAUAAGAAACAACAAAAGCUAUCGAAUGCAGCAAAAAUGAAGCACUCUUCUGGAGAAAUUAUGAACUAUGUGACUGUCGACGCGUAUCGGAUUGGGGAAUUCCCUUACUGGUUCCAUCAAUCAUGGGCAACAAGUGUUCAGCUCUGCAUUGCUCUGGCAAUUCUAUACAAUGCGGUUGGUGCUGCAAUGAUUUCAUCUUUAGUUGUCAUUAUUAUCACUGUACUGUGCAGCGUUCCAUUGGCCAGACUGCAACACAAAUUUCAGAGUAAAUUUAUGGAAGCACAAGAUGUGAGAUUGAAGGCCAUGUCUAAGUCAUUAGUUCAUAUGAAGAUCUUGAAACUUUAUGCAUGGGAAGCUCACUUCAAGAAGGUCAUCGAGGGAUUGAGGGAGGUUGAGUACAAGUGGUUGUCUGCAUUCCAGCUUAGGAGGACCUACAACGGUUGCCUGUUCUGGUCGUCUCCUGUUUUCGUGUCAGCGGCGACCUUUAUAACAUGCUAUCUUUUGAAAACCCCUCUUGAUGCUAGCAAUGUUUUCACCUUUGUGGCAACUCUACGUCUUGUGCAAGACCCUGUUAUAUUGAUGCCGGAUGUUAUUGCUGCUGUGAUACAAGCUAAGGUUGCUUUCACUCGGAUAUCAAAGUUCCUUGAUGCGCCUGAGCUAAAUGGACAAGUUAGGAAGAAAUACUAUAGUGGCAUUGAUUGUCCUAUAGCGAUGAAUUCGUGUAGCUUCUCAUGGGAAGAGAAUACAUCAAAACCAACUCUAAAGAAUAUAAAUCUGGUAGCCAAAGCUGGAGAAAAAAUAGCAAUAUGUGGAGAGGUAGGUUCAGGUAAGUCGACGCUUUUGGCUGCUGUACUCGGAGAGGUCCUCAGAACUGAAGGCAUGAUGCAAGUCUGUGGGAAAAUAGCAUAUAUUUCUCAGAAUGCAUGGAUCCAAACAGGAACCGUGCAAGAGAAUAUUCUCUUUGGAUCGCCGAUGGACGGGGAAAGGUACCACAACACAGUCGUGAGGUGCUCGUUGGUCAAGGACCUUGAAAUGUUGCCAUAUGGAGAUUGCACACAAAUUGGGGAGAGAGGAGUAAAUCUUAGUGGUGGUCAGAAGCAGCGCGUUCAGCUUGCUCGUGCACUAUACCAAAAUGCAGACAUCUAUCUUCUUGAUGAUCCUUUCAGUGCUGUUGAUGACCAUACAGCUACAAGUCUCUUUAAUGAAUAUGUCAUGGGUGCUCUAUCAGACAAGACUGUUCUUUUGGUGACACACCAAGUGGAUUUUCUACCUGUAUUUGACUCCAUUUUGUUAAUAUCAGACGGAGAGGUCAUUCAGUCUGCACCUUAUCAAGAUCUAUUGGCAGAUUGUGACGAAUUUAAAGACCUUGUAAAUGCCCCAUAAAAAUACUAUUGGUGUUUCAGAUCUUAAUAGCAGUAUAUCCCCUCAAGGAUCUAAGGAAGUAUCAAUAAAGGAGGCAGAUGGUAUUCAUACAGAGUCUGUGAAGCCAUCGCUGGCGGAUCAACUGAUAAAGAAAGAGGAAAGAGGAACAGGGGAUGCAGGUGUUAAGCCUUAUAUGCUUUACUUGCGCCAGAACAAAGGAUUCCUGUAUUUAUCUUUUUGUAUCAUUUCUCACAUGAUUUUCAUUGCUGGACAAAUAUCACAAAAUGCAUGGAUGGCUGCUAAUGUCCAAAAUCCUCAUGUUGCUGCACUGAAGUUAAUUUCUGUGUACAUCAUUAUCGGAGUUUGCUCGAUGUUUUUCUUGCUAUCAAGAUCUUUAUCAGUCGUUGUUCUUGGGAUUCAGACAUCAAGAUCCUUAUUUUCCCAGUUACUCAAUUCAUUGUUCCAUGCACCAAUGUCAUUUUUUGAUUCUACUCCUCUAGGACGGGUUCUU